AUGUACCGAAAUCAUCGCAUGUUGCUCAAUUUAAUCAGCAGUCACGUAGUAAAGCAUUUGAUAUAGAGUGGAAGUUACGAGCUAUUCUUAGAUAAAAGAGAAAACUACUCAAACGUAUCUAUCAAACAGUCAUCAGUUGUUAAGUAGAAAAUAUACAGUCAACACGGUCACAUCUAUCUCCGGCAAAUUUACUGUCUGACAUUCGAAUAACUUAUUCGGAAUAAGUCAUACAUUGACAAAAAAAUGUUUGAGUUUUCGCCUGUGUGCAAUCAAUUUCUGGCAAUAAUUUGUUGUAAUUUACUGGUAUUUUCGUUCGGUUUGACGUCCGGUUGGACCACCAUUAAUUUAAAUGAAUUGCAAAACGAGAAUAGCACACUUCCAAUGGGAAAACUCUCUACGGGCGAAGGGUCGCUUGUUGUUUCGCUAUUAUUUGCAGGAGGUUUUGUUGGAAAUUUCGUAAUUUUACCCAUAAGUAAUUACAUUGGGAUAAAAAAAACGAUUCAUCUGUUUGGAGUGCCAUUAAUUACGAGUUCUCUGCUUAUUCUUUAUGCCAAGAAUGUAUAUUGGUUAUAUACAUCAAGAUUUUUGUGUGGCCUAAUAAGUGGUGGACUGGUUGUUGCUAUUCCUACAUUUAUAAAUGAAAUAUCAAAUGAUAACGUACGUGCGGCUCUCAACUCAUUUUACGAUAUUGCAAAUAAUUUGGGAAUGAUCAUUUCAUUUUUGCUUGGAAGUCUUUUAAAUUGGACCGAUCAAGCAAAAUGCCAACUAAUUUUGCCGAUCAUUUUUCUAUGUGUCAUGUUUAUAUAUCCUGAAUCACCUGAACAUUGGAUUAAACUACGUCAAGAAAAGUCAGCGAAAAGGUCAUGCCGAUUUUACAAAGGAAAUAUUUGUACACUAGAAAAUGUUCAGUUUCUUCCGAAGCAUGAGUGCAUCGAUGCAGAAUAUGAACAAACAAAAGUGCACACUAACAAAGAUGAUUCAAAGUUAACGUUCCACGAUUUUUUGACGCCAAAAGCAAAACGUUCUAUUUUUAUUGCAUUUGUGUCACUAGUUAUAAGUUUUCUAUCGUGUGCGACAGUGAUGCUCAGCUAUAUAACGAAUAUUUUCGAAAAGACUGGAUCGCCGUUUUCAUCAAAAUAUUCAUCAUUUUUAAUUUCACUCGUUCAACUAUUUGCAAAUAUUAUCUUUCUAAACAUUGUUGAGCGGUUUAAACGAAUGACACUUUACAUCUGGUCAUCGAUUCUAACUGCCAUAGCGUAUGUUGCGUAUGGCACAUAUUGUUGGCUAUGGCUUAACCAAGAUUGGUGUUGA